UAUAUAUAUAUAUAUAUAUAUAUAUAUAAUUCAGAACUAAGGGUUCUCCCAACUCGGGGGUUGCGGCUCCACAAAGCAAGCUUCUCGCUUCGCUUGCUUGGGACAGGACCACGAGCACAGGGAAGUCCCAAAUUACUUCGUACACUGAUUAUCCCGGCGGGUACUCCCUAGGUACAAAUGGAAUCCCAAUAAUAUGGUCCAAUGUCUUUCUUGUCACGUUCGGGGACGAGGUUCCCGCCUUCUUGCGUGCCUUACACUUUGUUGUUGCUGAACUCCUUGCUAUCUCUCACCUCAGCUCUCCAAAGGAAGCUAUUUUCUGGACUCUCCCUUUUGCACUUUUUCUCCUUGGCAUCCUACUUUUCCGUACCACCGGAUAGCUGUCUCCCUCGACAUCGCUCCGGCAAAGAAGCAUAUCAUCUUCACCUCCUCUUCUUCUCCCUCUUACAGUUGUAUUUAUCCUGCGGAAAUGGUCUAGCCUCUACUCUGGAGAACCCGGAGCACGCGCUGUCACGCGGAUGAAAUGAAGGAACGCAAUGCUAUUGGUCCGGUUGAUUUGGAGAGCUAUGGGGGUUGGGCGAAAAGGUACGGAGUGCUCCGUAUUACUCGUACGAAGGGAG